CAGGAGUUGGUCCACCAUUAUCCCCAGAAAGAACAAGGAUGUUGUUGGCUCUUCGUAUUAAUGUAUUGGCGAAAGGAUAUAGUGGAAUAUCAGUCGAAACAUUAAAUCAGCUUAUAGCAGCUUUAAAUGCUUCCUGUCUGCCUUGGGUUCCCGAAAAAGGAACAGUUGGUGCCAGUGGAGAUUUAGCGCCGUUGUCCCAUUUAGCGCUUGGCAUGCUGGGGGAAGGAAAAAUGUGGAGUCCAAAGAGUGGGUGGGCAGAUGCUAAAUAUGUUCUGGAAUCACAUCAACUAUCACCGAUUAAACUGAAACCAAAAGAAGGACUAGCUUUGAUUAAUGGAACACAAAUGAUUGCGUCACUUGGUGCCGAAGCCGUGGAGAGAGCAGAUUCAAUUGCUCGCCAAGCUGAUGUUAUUGCAGCACUGACAUUGGAGGUGAUGAAGGGUACAACUAGAGCAUUUGAUAGCAAUAUUCAACGUGUCCGGCCUCACAAAGGACAAAUAAAAGUGGCUCGUAAUUUGCGUUCUCUUUUGCAUUCUGAAACCCACCCAUCCCAGAUAGCAGAAAGUCAUAGAUUCUGUACGAGGGUUCAAGAUGCCUAUACCCUUCGAUGUUGUCCCCAGGUACAUGGGAUUGUAAAUGAUACAAUAGAAUUUGUUCGAGGAAUUUUGACCACGGAGAUGAACAGCGCUACAGAUAAUCCUAUGGUAUUUGCUGACACUGGCGAGGUAAUAUCCGGUGGUAAUUUUCAUGGGGAAUAUCCAGCUAAGGCGUUGGAUUUCUUAGCUAUAGGUGUACAUGAAUUGGCCAAUAUGAGUGAAAGAAGAAUAGAACGACUGGUCAAUCCGGCUCUUAGUGAACUCCCAGCUUUUCUGACUCCAGAUGGAGGGGUUAAUUCAGGUUUUAUGAUUGCCCAUUGUACGGCUGCUGCUCUUGUUUCUGAAAACAAAGUUCUCUGUCAUCCAGCUUCAGUUGAUUCUUUAACAACUAGUGCAGGGACCGAAGACCACGUGUCUAUGGGUGGUUUUGCCGCCAGAAAGGCCCUACGAGUUGUGGAACACGUUGAACAAGUAUUGGCAAUAGAACUAUUGGCAGCUUGUCAAGCCGUUGAAUUUCUUCGUCCCCUUAAAACAACUAUUCCACUGGAAGAGGUGUAUAAACAAGUCAGACAAGUAGUAGGACCUUGGAAAAAGGAUAGAUAUAUGUCACCAGAUAUUGAUGCCGCAACUAAGCUGUUGCAGGAAGAGAGGAUUUGGAGAGUAGUGAAACCUUUAAUGGAUAACUAUCAUUCCACUCAAUCAAUUGAGACGAGAGUCUUCUCACCAACAGCAUCAGUAUCUGCCAAAUCUAAUGGCCCCGUGACAAAAAGGCGCAAACUCUCAAAGCAUUAGGCCACACGCCCCCAAAUAUCGCAAAAUUUGCUAUUCGUGGACCAAACUCUUGUGGAUUGGGAAAACUUAUUUGUUUGGGGGUGGUUUUUUGUUUUGUAUUUUUGUUAACUAAGACCGAGUGAGGUGGCGUAUAAAACAAAAUGUCUCUUCUCGUCUAUGUAUGUAAAACAGACUGUCAUUCACCUUUCUGAUUGAAUAUGAUUGUUAUAGAAUUGAAUACUACACAUUUUAAAAACAUGUAUGUCCCAAGCACUAAUGGAAUGGUUUAUUUACUGUAUUAUUUUUGCUACCAGCCAAAGAGUAAACUAUAUGAUUGUCCGUUCAAGAGAUUCUAACAUUUAAAAUAUAUGCUU